ACAGUCGCGCCCAAGGCACCGCCCAAAACCGUGCUGUCACGCCCCCUUCGUCACUUCCUCUCUAGCCCCUGUGCAGUCGAUAAGGAAACCCGGGCGCCGCCGCAACUUUCUUUUUUUCAGGCGGCCGGAAAGAUGGCGGACAUUCAGACUGAGCGCGCCUACCAAAAGCAGCCAACCAUCUUUCAAAAUAAGAAGAGGGUUCUGCUUGGAGAAACUGGCAAAGAGAAACUCCCCCGAUAUUACAAGAACAUCGGUCUGGGUUUCAAGACACCCAAGGAGGCCAUUGAGGGCACCUACAUUGACAAGAAAUGUCCCUUUACUGGUAAUGUGUCCAUCCGAGGGCGGAUCUUGUCUGGCGUAGUGACCAAGAUGAAAAUGCAGAGGACCAUUGUCAUCCGCCGGGACUACCUCCACUACAUCCGAAAAUACAACCGCUUUGAGAAGCGCCACAAGAACAUGUCUGUGCACCUGUCCCCCUGCUUCAGGGACGUCCAGAUUGGCGACAUUGUCACGGUGGGCGAGUGCCGGCCCCUGAGCAAGACCGUGCGCUUCAACGUGCUCAAGGUCACCAAGGCCGCUGGCACCAAGAAGCAAUUCCAGAAGUUCUGAGACCGGACACCUGCCCACUGCCCCAAACAAAAUAAAGUUAUUUUCCCACUGUUGAGCUAGGCUUGAGGCAUCUGCUUCCUUGCUGGAGAGAGAGGCUGCCCCUGAGAAUUGAGCAGGUUGACAUGAAAGAUGGGGAUCUUUUUCAUCCUCUGGGGGCAGAGGGGGGUCAAAUCCUGCCUCCUGUCCUCAUUGCUAGGCAAGGACAAAACCCAUGUAAAGGUGCUGCCCCUCUCGGGGUCGUCUGUUGGUUCUCACCUUCUUCUGGUGUGGGAAUAAAUCAGGUCGUCUACCUGG